AUGCCUGCUAUUAGUUCCGAGAAAGAAACAUCCGAUGUCCGCCUCGACAGUCGAGGUCAGAGGCUACUACCUUCAGUAAUCGAGCAAUUGGCCAGCGAUGUCCCGGAAAAGGCAUGGGCUUCCAUCCCCUUAUCCGCGGACAUCAAGGCCGGCUUCAAGGAUAUCUCGUUCCGGCAGCUAGCGAAGGUAAUCGAUGCACUGGCAUGGUGGAUAGAAUCCCGCAUCGGUCGAAGCAGCACGUUCGAGCCAGCGGCGUACCUGGGGAAUACUAUCGGCGGGCAUUUGGAGCUUCUGAACCAGACUGAUUGUACAAAAUUUCUCUACUCGAGUGGACCCAACGUCGAUGAGUUAAUCGACGCCAAGCCGGAUUUAAUCGCCUUCAAGAUUCCUGAGCUAGAGGAGCUUCUUGCCGAAAAAGAUGCCCCCAGGUACCCAUAUGACAAGUCCUUCGAGGAAGCACAGUUUGACCCAUUUAUGAUUAUACAUACAUCGGGGACUACUGGGAAGCCGAGGCCAAUUGUGUGGUCUCACAGCAUUUACGCGACAGUCGAUGCCCAAAGCAUUCCAGAAACCCUUGGUGGUCGGGAAAAUAUAUAUGCGCCGAUGGGAAGAUGCAAAAGACACUUCAGUACAAUGCCGGUUGCGCAUAGCUCCUCCUUUGUGCGGUUUUUGAGAUGCUUACUUCUGGGAGUCACGUUCGUGGUUCUACCGGGCCGCGCUAUUGGUACUGAUCCGGAGUCCAUUGCAAUUGUGGCCGAUGUCCUAGACUACGGAAAUGUUGAUGCCGCGCAUUUUGUUCCUGGAAUUCUGGAACUUCUGAGCAGGGAUUCGCAUCACCUAAGACGGUUAUCUAAGCUAGGAUUCAUAGGCUGGGGAGGAGGGCCGAUAUCAAAAUCCACUGGCGAAAUUUUGUCCUGGGGUUGCAAGAAUACAGUCUUCCACAACAGUCUUGGCAGCAGUGAUGGCGGUGCAUAUGUUACGUACCGGACUGAUCCAGAGGAUUGGGAGUACAUCUGCUACUGUCCGUACUCUAAUGGAAUAGAAUGGCGUGACCACGGAGAUGGCUUAUACGAGAUGGUUGUAGUCAAAGAUCUUAAGCUAUCAUUGUUCCAAGGACCUUUCAAGAUACACCCGAAGCUACAGGAAUGGUCGACAAAGGACUUGUAUUCCAAGCACCCAACGAAGCCCUACCACUGGCGACACGAGUCAAGAAUUGACGAUCUCAUGGUUUUCGCAAAUGGAUCCAAGUUUAAUCCGGCCAGACUUCAGUCUCUUGUCCAGGAGCAUCCAGAUGUCUGGUCUGCUGUUGUGACAGCCGGUUCAACCCGUGUUCGUGCAUCCUUGAUCAUCGAAUUGAGGGACAGCGAGAUAAACUAUGGCAAAAGAGAAGAAAUUUUGGAAGAAAUCUGGAACAUCGUCUUGAAGGUUAACGAGACUAGCCCAAUUCAAGGCCAGAUCUGGAAGUCUCUGAUUUUAAUCGCGCCUCCCACCAAACCAUUUCCUCGAGCGAGUAAAGGAACAGUUCAGAUUACCGCAACGGUCGAAUUAUUUAAAACUGAGUUGAAUGAUCUCUAUGAAGCGGCCACUGCUUGA